AUGCUUCACAUCAAGCAGCUUAACAUCAGUCAUCAAAGGACGAGAUAUGGGGAGCGAAACAAGAAGGGGUUAACACCCCAUAUUCUUAAUCGCUUUAGUGUACUGAAAAUUCGCAGCACAAAUGUUGAUACUCACAACAUCAGUUUAACUCACAAAAAAAAAAGCGACGAGAAUGGCAGCAAGGAGCGUUGGAAAAAAACCUUCGGUAGGAAACAAUAA